GGACUUGCUAAAUGUUAUAGGAUGCAUAACUUCUCGUACUUUUCGAAACAAAACAAAUGAUGGUGUGAAAAUGCUUCAAAAGCCGAAAUUGCAUGUAAAGGAUCAUAUGGCAUUUCAUGUAUAACACGAAUACUUUCAUUAUUGUCUAAUUGUCGACUUCUGGUCAAAGAGCGCUUGCUCAAGCGUAAGUGAAGCCGUAUGAUGGGUUCUUCUUCUAACGGCAGUAGUGGUACUUUGAAGAGAAAACAGAUAACGAGAGGUCGGAAGCGUGAUGAUCUACCUUCUCUUGGUAUUGUCGCAAGACGAGCGGCUUCUCGAUGUGGCUUAUCACGACAAAGCAAGAACGCUGCAAUCAGCGGACGACGAAUCGGUAUAAAUAUGCCAGUCAACAAAUAUGCCAAUCGACGGACAUCUUUUUUCAAAUCGGUUCGUCCACAAAAAGCAACAAGUCAAAAGGCAGGAUUACGGUGUCAUGAUGCAUUAUGGGAUAAGUGUGAGCGUCUAUUUCGAAAAGGCGAUAUAGUUUCAGUGACGGAUAACAGUAAUAGUUUGUGUUAUUUUGCACAAAUUCGAGCCCUGCUAUGUAAUCAACUUGGCGAACGCUUUGCUGCUCUCACUUGGUUGGUUCCCACUGAAUCAGCCGAUGAAGCUCAUCAGUUCGAUGCGGAACAUUUUGUGCAUGCACUGUCUGACUCAGUGUUGUACCCUCUAGAGGUUUGCACAUUUGUGCAGCACGCUCCGUUGCUUCCGGGUUAUUGUCAUGACUGGAAACCGCGAUCAAUAGUCGAAAAAAAAUUACAUGAGCAGCUGGAAGAAAGAGUUCGUUCUAUAAAUACAAUAUCAACUAAAUUAAUUGCAUUUGAUGAGAAAAUUCCAACUUCUAAAUUAAAAUGA